CUCAAAAUCCUGCGCAUCUGCCUCCUUAUACCCAUCAAUGCUUUGCUCAACCUGAUCGGCCAGCUCAUUCCGGCUGCUUACUUCUACAUCACCGUCUGGGCCGACAUGAUGCAAUCGAUGGCCCUGGCCAACUUUUUUCUGCUGCUGCUGGAAUUCAUCAGCCCGCACGAGAACCAGCGGGAUUUCUUCUUCAGCGGCCUGCAGGUGCCAUCUAAAAGAGGCAAGGCUCCGAAAAAUGGUCUGAAAUGGUACAAGAGGAAAUGGUUCUGUGUGUUUCAGUAUCCAGUGGUUCAGCUCCUGGUCACGAUCGCGACAGAUGUCACCAACUCUCCAAAGAUCAACAUUUAUUGUGCGAAUAGCAACAAGCCGUAUUUUGGACACUUAUGGCUCAACUUGGUACACAUCUUGUCCCUUAUCACAGCCGUCAUAUCAUGCCUCAGGUUCUACAAGCUUCUUAAGGCCGAGUUAUCUGGCCACAAGCCGCUGUCCAAACUGUUUGCGUUCAAGUUGAUGGUUGGCUUGAAUUUCCUCAUGAACAUCAUCUUCUGGGUCCUGAAUGAUAUCAACCCGUCACCUCUGUCGCCGACCAACACCAUGAGCGAAGCCGACGCUGUCGCAGGCAUCCCUGCCAUCGUCAACUGCUGCCUCAUGGUUCCGUUCUCCAUUUUCUUCCACUACGCCUACGACGUUGGCCCAUACAUCAUCGGUCGGCAUCACGUGGAAGCUGGGCGGGGCGACUCUCGAUAUCUGCACUACCAGGGCGGCUUCCUGGGCAUCCGUGCCUUUACGGGCAUGCUCAACCCAAGCGAGCUGCUGGGCGCCAUCGCAUUCGCGUUCAAGAUGGGGCGCGGAUCGAACAGCAGCAGUAGCAUGAAUGGCAACUCGAGGGGCUUCGACACGGUGACGAGCUCCGAGAGCCGUGACCGUGGAUAUUCGCAUGAGAUGGGCAGACGGGAUCAGAGGCGGAUGAACAAGUACGGGCGUGGUGAUCACUCUGGUAGAUAUGACCACCGAAGAUAGGUUAUGAUGGAGAAAAUGAGUGGGGAUACUGGGAAUCCCCAGCAAAGGAGACUGUAUUGACAUACAGUAAUUAUUAUUAGUCAUUUCACGUAUCAAGGCGCGCCGUGGAUGGCAUCAAAAAGCACCAACUCCUUGAGUUCCAAAGACAAAAGAGAUAGAGUGGGAAAGACCGAAGCUAGGAUGUGGAGAAAACCCAUCAAACAAUGAC